AUGCGAGAACGUAUUGAACAUGAAGAGGCGCGUCGACGAAAGCUGCAAGAAGAACUGGUUCAGAUUACGACACGAAACGAUCAAUCGUUGACCACUGUCAAAGCGUCAUUCGAAGAUGUGUUGGAAGAACAGCGAAACGGAUUCCAAGAAGAGAUGGAGCAACUCCGAAAGGAGCAUCAACGGGAGUUGGACGAGGAGAAAGCCGCCACCAGACUAGCACUGGAAGCGGUUCGUCGAGCUCAUGAAGAAGAGCUGAAGCAGGCGACGUCGAAGAAGCCAAAUGGAGAGAAAGAUCGCGAUGUGACACGACAGAAUGCGAUGCUGGAGCAAAUGAGGGAGGAAUUGACAAAUUUGUCAGCCGCCUAUUCCGCUAAAUGCAUCGAGAACGCUCAACUCGACGAGCGAUUGUCCGCAUUGAUGGAGGAGCGAGAACGGGACGGCGAAAGUGAGGACAUACAACGACUGCAACGCGAUUUGAUGGCUCGUGACUCACAAGUCGCCGAACUCCAGCGACGAAUUUCAGCGUACGAGCGACGCACCAGCGGCGAAUCGCCCAUUGUCGCCAGCGGUACGUUCAUAGACGUAGACGGUCAUCAUCAAGACAAGGACGAGUUACCCUCGGAGGUACCGUGCUCCGAGAAAACCAACUCAGCAGUCAAGUAUAGGAAGAUGAACAAAAGCCGACGUACUGACAUUCGCUUCCACAGUAAUCCAGUGAUUCCGAUGCUCGAAGGUGUACCCGAAUAUUUGGCCGAAGAUCUACGUCGCUCGUUAGCGGUGCCCGUCAGUGAACGUCGUAAAUUCUUCGAGACAAUUGCCGAAUACAGUACCCCAUUUUGA